AUGCGCGUGAUUUUGACCGCUCUUCUGAUUAUUGCAUCUCUUUUUAUUCAUGUUGCAGAUGCUCAAUAUGGUUACUAUAGCCCAUACUACGGUAACUACGGUGGAUAUGGUAACUACGGUGGCUACGGAGGAUACAAUGGUGGAUACUACCCAUCGUAUUCCUCAUAUUCCUACUAUCCAAGUUAUGGAUACAACAACUAUGGGGGAUAUGGAAACUAUGGUGGAUAUGGAUACAAUAACUACGGAUACAACAAUUUCGGAUUCUGCGGAAUUCGUUGUCGUCGAUUCCAGCGUCGUCUGAUGUGGGCUCAAAUGGCUGGUUAUGGAAUGUAUGGAAGAAAGUGA